CAUCGUUUCUCUUCUGCUUACGCGACAAACAAAUAAGUGUAAGCGAAGGAAGCUUUCAUGCCGCUUUAUAAACUGACAUAAUAUCCUAAAAAUGAAUACCGUUUUGUCUCGUGCCAAUGCAAUAUUUGCGUUUUCUUUGAGUGUCCUAGCUUGUUUGACAUUUUUAUGUUUUCUGUCCACUGCCUUUAAUGAAUACAGCGGAAACGUAACAUUAUCAACUGCUAAAGCUGUAGUGAAAAAUGUUCCAGAUUUCAGUGCUUCCAGAUGGAAAAAUGAUCUAGGAUUUGUAACUUUCGAUCUUCAAGCAGAUUUGUCGCAUCUUUUCAACUGGAAUGUGAAGCAGUUGUUCAUUUAUUUAACAGCCGAAUACACCACCGAAAGCAAUGCUAUCAACCAGGUUGUUUUAUGGGAUAAAAUCAUCAAACGGAACGAAAAUGCGUCAUUAGAUUAUAAAAAAAUGAAUACUAAGUAUUAUUUCUGGGACGAUGGUAAUGGUCUCCGUGGGAAUAAGAACGUCAGCUUAUAUUUAUCUUGGAAUAUUAUUCCAAAUGCCGGCAGUUUACCAAACAUUAAUGGCAAUGGUGUGCAUGUAUUCACUUUUCCUGAUGAAUACUUUACUUCAAAGCUGAAAUAAUUUGACAUUAAAAACCUUGUUUUAUUGGCACAUUUUUUUCUUACUUACAUCUGAGUAUUUUUAUUUAAAGAAAAUGCUGACCUAUUGUAUUAGAAGACAUUGAACAAAAAUUUAUUUAAAACUCAAUUGUUUUGUGGUUUUUCAAAAGCAAAGCUGUUUUAUAGAAAUUCUGAAUUGUCCCAGAUAUUGAUUGUAUAUUUUUUACAUUGUUCUAUUAUUUAUUGGAAAAAAAAAUUGGAUUCUACAAUUGAUCUGAUUAAAUUUUAUACCAUUUCAUCAAUAAGCGAUUAAAAUUUUGUACAAAAUUUUUGAAUUCUU